AAUUCAUCCGAUUUCCAUUGGCAAAAUUUUACUUUCGACUUUCGUGCUUCAUGGCCUUCGGGAUUAUUGAUAAAACCAACCAUCGGGGACGGCACCAAAAAUCCAUUUUACAUUCGACAAUCGUACGUUUCGAAACGUCCCGGGUGCGCAGGUGCAGUCCGUGAAGUCUGUCGGAACUUCCUCAGAAACGGUACCGUCUUAAAGUAUCUGGCCGACAAUACUGUCAUCAUCUUCCGCUCGAAUGGCGUCAUCGUGACUUGCAUGGACUUCGACAAGCCGCAAUCGCGCGAUGAAUCCAUCCACGAAACGGACCCAAAAACAGAAUUUAGGAUCAGAAAGGGCAACUCGAGGCAAUCGGUGGCGGCCAAGCAUAGCGGUAAAGUCAUAAAUUCCACGGAGACGCGUUUCAACGGAUCGAUGCUGGACGCGCAACCGUCGAAACAUAUACCAUCAAGCAAGGGAGACGAUUCAUUGAUAACAGGAGCAUUUGCCGUAGGUGAAGUGUUACGAUACUCGGUAGUGAAUUACGAUGGUAGAUGCUACGAGGUGCUGAAUGAUCUGGUCGUAAGUGAACACGAUCGAUUUCUCGUUAGGACAACGUUGGAUUACGAGGUCAACGAGGUAUUCACACAUCGUGCCGACGGUACUGAUACAUUGCUACAUUCAAAUGGGGAAUUAGUUGUUACAUUUCCCGAUGGUACAUGCAUUAUUACUGGUUACACAAUAGAGGAACAGCCAGUAAUUUGCGAAUGGACGUAAAAUGAAUUGUAAUACUUCGGAAUUAUGAAAACAU